AUGUCUACUAAUGGCCGUUACGCUGCUAGUUUAUUUCACAAUUAUCUUUUCUUAGCUCGACGCGACUCGAGACCAGCAACAGCCAACAACAAUGCGAAUGCAAAUACAGCAUCCGCCUCUAUCCCCGCAAUAUCAAUAGUAGAACCUCCCACAUUACUUUCAUCUGAAUUGUCUACUGUAUCGCAGUCAGCAUCUGAUCCUCAAAUUCGAGAAACAACACUAUCUGAAACAUCCACUAUGCCAAAAUCAGCAGCAGAUUCUCAAGCACCACCUCCAGUUCAACCAUCUUCUAUAGCAAAAUCAGCAUGGGAUCCUCCCAUACUACCUCCAGCUGAAACGUCUACUGUACCGAAGUUGACAUCAGGUCCUCAAGUGCCACCUUCAUCUCAAUCAUCUGCUACACCAAAGUCGGCAUGGGGUCCUCGAGUACCACCUCCAGCUGAAACGUCUACUGUGCCGAAGUUGACAUCAGGUCCUCAAGUGCCACCUUCAUCUCAAUCAUAUGCUACACCAAAGUCGGCAUGGGGUCCUCGAGUAUCAUCUCCGUCAGAACCGGCCGUUGUAUCAAAACCGAUUCCAGGUCCACAAGCACAGCCUCCAUCUCAGUCAUCUGCUGUACCAAAGUCGGCAUGGGGUCCUCGAGUACCACCUUCAGCUGACACGUCUACUGUACCGAAGUUGACAUCAGAUCCCCAAAUGCUACCUUCAUCUCAACCAUCUGCUCUGUCCAAGCCAGUAUGGGGUCCUCCAUCUCGAAAUUCACAUCCAACAGAACGUUCUUCUAGCGCCUUUCCGAUGAUGAACGAAGAAAAUAGAAGUUCAUCUGUAAACAAAGCUACUGCCUUAUCUAAAGAACCUCGCUCUCAAAGUGUGCUUUCAGCGAGACGUCGCCGAUUUUUAUGCUCGGCAGUACCUGAUUCCGCUGUCUUGUCUCCAAUUCGUCGUCCGGAUGAUGGUGGCUCGAGUGGUGAAAAAAUAUCGGUGUAUACCAAUCAUUUUCCUGUGCAUAUUGAUAAUGUUACCGUCAAUCAGUACGAUAUCGAGAUCUUUACAUUUGGUCGUGAUGGUAAAUUAUGUGUGGCACGUAAAGAUGAACGUUGGGAAACUAUGCAAUGCAUUGCAAAUAAAAUGACAAAUUUUCCAAUUGUAUGGUAUGACGAAGGCAAAACAUUGUACACGCGAGCAUUGUUGACUGAUUUUACAGAACCUAUUCAGAUUAAAUUGAAAAGAGGCGAUGAAACGAAAACAUUUCAACUGAACAUAUUAAAUCUUGUUCGACAAGAAAAAAUUUCAAAUAUUUUUGAUUUUAUUCAAAAGAAAACAAUUCUUCGUCCACGUGAGACAGUUCGAAUCAUUGAAACUCUUUUCAAACAACGUGCUCGCAAUGAUCUCGUCUGUGUUCGAAACCAAUUUUACAAUCGUAAUCAAAUCCUUGAUGAUCUCAAGGAUGGCCGUGGCAUGGCUAAAGGCUUUUAUCAAGCAUUGUUUCUUACACGAUGUGGACCAACACUCAACGUCAAUCUAACAUUCACCUGCUUUUAUAUGCCAUUAAAUUUUGUUCAUUUUGCUUGUAAAUAUUUACGAAAAGAUAUUACCAAUGGAUUUACAGAAUAUGAAGCAAAAGCAUUCGCAAAAAUAGUUCGAGAUCUUCUUAUUGAAACCGAACAUACAGGCCGGAUAAUUCGCUAUAAACUGCGUCGUUUUGGUCUUCCAGCCGAUCAACUUUUGUUUACUUGUGGAGAAGUCGAUGAAAAUCUAGCAGAUACUUCUUCUGUUCCAAAGAUCAGUGUGGCAGAAUAUUUCGAACAAAAAUAUCAAAGAAAACUCCUCUAUCCACAUUUACCCUGUAUUGAUGCUACAGCUGGCAUAAAUAAGAGAGCCAAUUGGUUACCGAUGGAAGUGGUUAAGGUUGUCGAAUGGCAACGUUCACUAAAGCCAUUAGAUGCAACACAGCGAGCUCUUGUUUCGGGUAAAGCUAUUAUUAAACCAUUCGAACGAUACAAUCAUAUAAUGAAUAUUAUGCGCACACGUGAUUUUGAGACGGAUAUUUAUCUUAAAGAAUUGAAUAUUCGUGUAGACAACCGUGAAAUGCUUGAAAUUAGAGCUCGAAUUCUUAAACCUCCUUCAAUUCACUAUGGUACUCGUCCAGGUCAAAAUGAGGCGAUCGAACACGUCAAUGUUGGCAAAUGGAGAAUUCGUAAUUGGUUUUAUACGGCACCUGAUAUUCAUAAUUGGGGUCUCAUCUAUUUUGGUUGUCAACCUAAUCAAAGAAUUCAUGAUAUUCUCAACACAUUCAGUAGACAGUUACCAGAAUUACUUAAACUUAAAGGUUUUAUGAUUAAAUCAAAAUUAACUAUAACAAUGAAACCCGAUCGACAACAAGACAUUGAAAAGGCUUUGACUGAUGCCAGUAAAAAUCGUUGGCAAUUAGCUAUUGUUGUGCUCAAUACUAGAUCUGAUCAGGUUUAUGAUUAUGUUAAACAAUUAGGCAAUCAACAAUUAGGUUUAAGAACACAAUGCAUCGACAUGGAAGCAUUGACGAAAAAUAUUGACAAUCUCAAAAUGUAUGUGGAUAACUUGAGUCAGAAGAUCAAUAGUAAACUAGGUGGUAUCAAUAGUGUUGUCAAUACAAAACUGACUUUAAGUCAUUCUUCCAAAGAAGAUCUUUUUAUGUUCUUUGGAGCUGAUGUAACUCAUUCGACUUGUUCCACAGAUCGUCCAUCAAUCGCAGCAGUAGUUGCUUCACGUGAUCCGACUAAUAGUCUUUAUGCUGCUCGACUUUGUGAACAAUAUCCGAAAAAGGGUCGUUGUUCGAUGGAAAUUAUCAAAGAACUAGACCAAAUGGUUGCUGAUUUGAUUCGAGUUUUCGCACGUACAUGUGGUGGUCGUCUUCCAAAUAAAAUCGUCUUUUAUCGAGAUGGUGUCGACGAAGGACAAUAUCAGAAGGUACUCGAUAAUGAAGUGAACAAAAUCAAGACCGCUUGUCGAAUUGUGUAUGGUGACCGUCCAUUGCCAAAAUUAACAUUUAUUGUUGUGAAGAAACGACAUAAUACGCGUUUCUUUCUCUAUGAUGGUAAGCAGACGAUAAAUGUUCAGGCGGGCACUGUGAUCGAUCAAGAUAUUACUCAUCCAUCCCAAUUUGAUUUUUACCUCUGCUCGCAAGCAGCCAUAAUGGGUACAUCACGACCAACUCUUUAUCAUGUUCUGCAUGAUGAUAAUUGCUUUAGUAGUGACGAUGUACAACAAUUAACUUAUUGGUUAUGUCAUACGGAUAUGCGUUGUACGAAAUCAGUUUCGAUUCCAUCACCUGUUCAUUAUGCUCAUCUAGCGGCAUAUGGUUCUCGUGCAUUGAAAUUCGAUGAUGAUCGUGAAUCAGACAAUUUUGAUGAUAACAAUGAUGAGGAACCUGCAAGUUAUUCAAUAGACGAUAUUAAGACUAAACUAAUGAUACUUGACUCAAAAGUUGUCGAUGAUAUGUGGUUUAUAUAA